AUGUUUGCUUACUUUUAAACCUAUCUCCGAAGUCUCUCAAAAAAAGAUGAAAAUCGUAAUGGUGUUUAGCAGCGAACUAGCGCUUAGUAUCAGUAUUAUGAUGUGAAUUAGAAACUACGAGGCAAGUCCAGUCAAAAAAGUUCAGGCUUAGACACUGAUAGGACUAUUAGAAACUCUCUUUAGAAGACUACAUUUCAACACCCUAAUAAAUAAAAUAAUCAGGUCAAUCAAACUUAUUACUCUGGACUAGAAAGAAACAACAAUAAUCUGCUUGCAAAUACUAGAAAAUAAAAUAUUACAUUGAAUAUCAGCAAUCAUAAUAGCAAUAUUACUAAUGAGACCAUAUCAUUAUAGAAUCAGUAAUAACACCAAUUGCAGUCUCAAAGUUCUAUCAAACAAAGAAUCAACAAAAAAUAUGAAAGUAUUAAUAGCAAGAAAAAAGGGAAAGAUUAGCUUAAGAAUAACAAUAAUAACUUACCUUAAAAUAAACGAAAUCAAGUUAAGGCAUAUCAACCAAGUGUUUACCUUAACGAAAGACAAAUAAAUAAUCAUGAUAACUUACUUACUACUCGACGAGAGGGUGCUUAAGUCUUUUCCCCAAAAUUAAAUCAAACACCUAGGGAUGAUGGAGUAUUUUCAGUAGUAAGAAUGAAUGAUGAAUAGAAUGAUUUAAGUGUACAAAAUACAGAAGAGGAUAUAUACCAGAAAUUCUUGAAUUAAAAUCAAUCAAGCGAUAAAUAACCUCAAAAUAGGUAAAGUGUUUCAUUGCUGCAAACUAUCAUUUAAUAGCCAAACGAUGAUGAUCCAAGAGAAUUGCACAAUGCUAUCUAGAUUUACAAAGAGUCGCUUAAUUAGUCAAGGCAAUCUAGAUACCACAAUAAUGCCCCUACUCCAACUUAUCAGAAUGUUGGCGUAUCAUUUAACAGCAGUGAUUACAUGAGGAGUGUGAGGACUGCACUAAAAUAAGAAUCAAGUAAAAAAGCAACUUAGGACUAAUAAGUUAAAAAGGCCAAUUUAUAUAGUAAAAAAUAUAAAAGUCCUCGCUAGUAAAUUAGCAAUCAAAAGGGUUAAAGUUCUUAGCAGUCAAGCAAACUAUAAACUCAGUCAUAAAUGAGAAAUUUUGAAAGCCGAGACAUUAACCUUCGGGAUAGAGAAAUGACAUAUGAGAGUGAAAGGUCUAGCAUCUUUAACGAGAAUUUAUCGAUGGUUGAUUCCAGCAAUAGAAACAACUUCAAUAAUUAAUAUGCUCAUAAUCUCGAGGAAUAGAAGAAGGCCCCUACUGAUAUUUCUGAAGUGAUCUAUCAACUAGGAGACAGAAUUGAAUCUGCAAGAGAUGUCAGUAGGUAUAACAUCAUCAAGCCUGGCAGUAAUAAUGUUGUUUACUAGGAUGCUUCAAAUCUUGAUAACUCCAAAUAGAUUCAACAAUAUUUGGAAAUGAAUCUACGUAUGCAGAGCUUACAAAACUUGAAUGAUUCUUUUUUCUCUAAAAAUCAAUUCUUAAGAUGCGUUGAUUUAAGGAAUAAUUAGAUAAAGCAUUUGCCAGAUUCACUGAGUAACCUAAACAUACUGUGGAAGUUGAGACUAGAUUUUAACUUGCUAGAAUAUCUUCCAAAUGGUAUUGGUAAACUAGAAAGACUAGAAGUUUUAACAGCUUCUAACAAUAAACUAAGAGAACUACCUAAAUCACUAUAUUAGUUGCAAGAAAAAUUGGGAAUGCUAUAAUUAAAUGAUAACUUAAUAAAAUCUCUAAGCAAUGAUAUUGGAAAGCUUAAAAAACUAAGAGUGCUUCUCCUUCAUAACAAUCUCUUUAGGAAACUGCCUUGUGAACUUUACUACUUAAAAGAAAUUUAGGAAUUUUCACUUGAAUGGUUUACUUAUAUGAAUCCUCCUCAAAAUAAGAUUCUUAAAGAUGAAAGGGGUUUACUAAUGAUAAAAGAUUUCCAAAAGUUUUGCAAGAUAUAUGCAGAGAUUAAAAGUAGGGGUAGUCAAUAGUUCAGCUUUGUACAUUUUAUUGCCUUUUUCAACUAGCUAAGUUCCCUUGACUAAAUUUAAAAGAUGAAUAGCUAUCCCAAAUAUCGAUCAAUACUACAUUAUUUAUGUCUCUAUGGGCAUUUACAUCUUCUCAAAGAUGUGCUCAGAGCAUGCCCUAAGAUAAAUCUGAAUUAAAUUGAUUAGGAUGGUACUUCUCCGUUGAUAUUAGCAUUUAAAAACAAAUAGAAUAAAGUCAUCUCAUUUUUACUUAAAUUCCCAGCAUUAAACUUGAACAAGUGUUCCUCAAAGUAUGGAUUUCCGAUUCACAUUGGAAUAAAAAAUCAUGAGUUUUACAUUGUUUAAAAAAUGUUGAAGCCUGAAUAUGUAGUCAAUAUAAAUGCAAAAGAUGAGGAUGGCAAUAACUCUUUACAUUUCUUGCUAGGACAUUUUGGAUAUGACUCUCCUAACUGUGGAAAGAUUGGUGCAUUGCUAUUAAAGAAGGGUAUUGAUAUCAAUGUUCUGAAUAAGUCUGAGUUUAGUCCUCUUCACAUGGCAAUAAAGGCAUUUCAAAAUAAGGCUAUAAAAUUUGCUUUAGAAUAUAAUCAUUACUUGAGGAAGAAAAUAUAGAAAGAUUAUUGUCCCUUUGAACAUGUUAUGGAGAGGAGACCAUCCUCGGUCACACCUUAGGAAAGAGAGAGAUCACCAGUUAAGUAAUUUAACUACGAGCCAUUUGAUUUUAAUAUAAUUGGGAAAAAUGGCUGGACUCUCUUACACUAUGCUGUAUUCAAUAACAAUCUAGUGGCAGUUGAGUUGUUAUUGAAAGCUUAGAAAGAGGAAAGCAUUUAUAUUUUCUCAAGAGAUCAUGAUGGUAAAUAUGCCUAGGAAUUGUGUCCUUUUAACUCUCCGAUUUAUAAGAUUAUCCUAAGAAGGUAAAACUUGAUCAUUCGAAAUAUGUCAAUAAGUGGUGGAAAUAAUAAUAAUACUGGAAUGUUUUUAAAUUAGACUUAAUCAGAUAAAAGUAACUUCGCCUCAUAAUAAUCAAGAGCAAUAACUCAUAAUUGUAUCAACAGAUUUUAUAUAAAAAGAAGGAUGCAAAAUCUACAUAAAAGCAAAAGUACAAAGAAAAUAGGCAUGGAAACAAUUCCAUUUUCCCAUUAAUAUCUUAAAAGAGCCAAUUCUAACGGUAUGCUACUCAGAUAAAAUUUGAAUAACAGCCAUGAUGUUGAUUUAAUAAAAAUGGAAUAGAGAUUUGAAUAAAUGGGAAGCAAUAAAAAGGUCAAUAAUCCUAAUUUCGGCUUUAUGUUUCUUCCUUAUCAAAAUAACCAAUACUCCAAAAAUAUAGCAAUUGAUGAAAAAGAUAAAAAGCUGAUCAGAGAGUCAAUAAUAAACCAGAAUUCAUCUGAAAAAAAUAAUUCAAAAGCUAGAGGACUGCAAAAUUCUUAAACUGAAAAAAAUCUAUUCAAUCCUUAAAUGGGUUUCCUUUCAUAUAAUGAGAUAAGAAGUUAAGGCAAUAUAAAUUCAUCGAUUGAGGAAGAAGACGAGCAAUCUAUGAGGAUAACAAAGAGAUUGAAUGACCAGUAAUCUCCUUAAAUCUUCUAAUAAAUCAGAAAACUUCCUCAGUAAUAGCCAUAAUAUACAAAGCUUGAUACAGAACUUCGACUAACAGAGGAUAUAUAAAAGUAAGAAACGAGGGCAUUCAGACUAUUAGAUAAAGACAAUGUUAAAGUUGAAAAUAGCAUUCCAAGUCCUGGGCAUACUAGAUAUACGAGUCAAGUAAUUGACUUUAAUACUGAGAACAUAGAAAACGAAGACUUAAAUAUUUACAAUACUUCUUAAGUGUCAAUUGAUUAUGAUGAUGAAAACAUUUCUGAUGAAAGUGAUAAUAGUGAUUCUAUUUCUUAAAUGGAAAAUCUGAUGCUAAACAGAUCAUCAAGUGAACAGCAAUAGUUGAAUCAAUCUAUGAAUAAGCAUCCCAAUAGGCAUAGAAAGAAUAAAUCCUCUGGCCAAAGUUCUAGCAGAGCGAUUGGAGAUUCUUCAAUAAUAAGAAGAGAUUAAUCAAGUUCUUCAAAAAUGAGUGGGGCUAUAGGGGUAACUGGAAUUAAUCUAUCCUCUAAAUAGCAAAGUAAUUAGGAUGAAUAAGAAGAGGUAGAAGAUGAUGAAGAUGAUGAUAUUUGCGAUGCAGCUGAUGAAGAGGCUGAAGCAGGGGCUUUAGGAUUAAUUGCUAACAAGAUUAAUAAAUUUGAGAAUCAAAAUGUUGAAAUAUAAGAAAAUAAAGUAAUCGAAAAAGAGGCAUUAAAAAGAUUCAUGAUAGAUAUGAAAGCUUAAAGGUUAAUAUAGAAACAAAAUUUUUAGAAUUAACAGAUAGAAAGAAGAUAAUCUAAAUAAGUUAUAACUAACAUCCUCUCAGCUUAAACUGUUGAUCAGCCAUUCAAUUACAUUGAGAAAGUAGAAGAAGACAUGAAUUAAUAUAACACAACUUUGGAGGAUGGAAAUGUAUUUGAUACCUGCGAAAAUCAUGAUGUAAGCAAGGCUGGUGAUAAUUCUUUUCUUGAAGAGCCUUCCACAAACUACUAUGACAAUUAAAAAGUAUCAGCAAGGAAUGUGAAAACUAGAUAGAAUAUUUUCAUUGUUAAUGAUUAAUCAAUGACGCCCAAAUCUCUGUUAUAAAACUAACCCUUUUCAAGGAAAAGUUAAGUUGCAUAAUCGAACUCAAAGGAUAACUAAAAUAGAGCUCUAGCUAGACUAGCAGAUCUCAAUAAAUCAUGCUAACUUUAUGACUCAAAUACCCCAUUUUCUCAAAAGAUUAGUGUUGAGGAUUGCUUAGCAAUACUAAACUGUAACAGCAACACUGUAGGCAUGAGCAAGAAAUAUCAAAUCUUCUACUAGUUCAUUUACUAGGAUGGAAGAGUUAUAGAUGAUAAAAAGCUUAAAUAGCUUUACGAAAAACUAGAGGAUAAUACAGUCAAUUCUAUAUUUAAAGUUGAUUUGGCCUACAUUAUAUCAAUAAGCAAAAACAAGGAAUUCAUUCCCUAGCUAGACAGUGCAAUUAAAUAAUAUAAUAAUUAGGCCUCCUAAAUAAAAAAGUUAGACUUUAGACAAACAAAUAAUAAAUCUCCAGAACCAACUCUGAAGUCAAAAUAGUCUGAUACAAAUAUCUAAAAAGCACUUUUAACUCAAAGAACUCACACUAGAUCCAACUAAUUUAGCCAAUCAAAUUGCAAAAAUCUUAUAAUAUACGAAACUACAAAUGCCUUCGAUAUUCUAAUGAAUGAUGCCAUGGUAUAAUCCUAAAAUUUGAUGGAUUAAUGCAAUAAGAAAAUUAACAUUGAGAGAGAAAGGAGUCGAGAGAGGAUGAAACUUAAACACAUAAACUCACAAUCAAAAUUGUAGAAUGGAAGCUUUGAAUAAAUAGAAUAGGUAUACUAGAAUCAUACUCAUAGAAGAUAUCCCUCAAAGAAUCAAAAGCUUGUCAAAUUGAAAAUUGAGAAUUUUUAGGAGGAGCUGAACUCCAUAACUCAAAAUGCAAGUGAAAUACCAGAAUUAAUGGUAAGACUGAAUAAAUCACCUAGCAAUUAAAGUAUAAAGAAUCUUAAGUAUUACUAUAACAUGUACUAAGAUCAGAAUAUUUCAAUCGGCAAUAAUACAAAUAAAGUUAAUCAAACAGCCAUCAAUUUUCAAGAUUUCAGUAAUGCAAGCGAUAAUAAUGGAAAUGAUUAGACUAAAAAAGGCACAUUUACUCCAAAAGGAACAUCUGGCUAAGUAUUCCUAGCAUUUUAAAGAUAAAAAUAGCAGUCGAGACUUAAUCAUUAGACAACAGAUCCAUAGUCUCCAUACAGCAAGAAUCAAAAUCUGGAUUUCACAACUUAAGUACCUUAAUACAGAGUGAAUCUAAUUAAUGAAGACGAAAACUUUAAUGAAACUAUAAUAAACUCAUCAAUUAGACCAAUACAGCAAAUCUUUGAACCCCUAAAUCAUUCUAGACUGCAAGAAGAUAAUAACAUAAUUAAGCCAAUCAAUAUUAAAGUCAAAUAAGAUGCUAGUAUAUCCUAAGAAUAGACAGAUAUUUAAAAUCAUAAAUUUCUCAGUAGCAAUUCAUUGAAUAGCAACAAUUAAGUAAUAAAUGAUACCAGUAACUUUUAAAAUUUAAUCCAGAGUUCCCAAAAGGAUGUUCAAAUUUAAUCUUCAAGAGAUCUAAAAUAAUCAGGAAAUAUGAAUGUAUAUAGAAAUGAACCUUAAAACUUGAAAGCUCAUGUAAGUGCAUCAGGCGGUAGCGGUAGUAUUAAUCCUUUACAUCAUGCUUAAAGCUAAAAGCAACUUUCAGCAUUUAGCAUUAAAUAAAGAGAAUUAUCGAUGCAGAUUAAGUAAAAUCUGUCUAAAAAAGGAAUUAAUAAUAACGCUAAUGCAACCACAAAUAAUGUUAGAGGACUGUAGAAUGCUUAGAGUAUGAUUAACGUAAGAGCAGUAGCUGGAGUAGAAAAUGAAAAUUCAAGGAAGUUGAAUCUUAAUCAAAGUAAUAAUAUAGUUAAGUAUUAAGUUCUGUAAACUCAGUCAUCAACAUAUCGACAGCAGUAAUAGCAUACUUAGCAAUAGUCAUCUUAACAGACAAGAAAACCUAAAAUAGCUCUAAAUAAACUCAGCCCAGAUAAAUUAACUAGUAAUUAAGAUCUUUCAUUUGAAAAGGCAGAGGAAAGGAUAAAGAAAAAUACAACUUCAAACGCUACAGCUAGCUAAAUUUAAUACAUCAAAUAUUCUAGACGUCAAAUGCACUAGCCUUAGCACAGUGAGUCUCAGCUAAAAUCUAUAAAUCAGCCUCCUGCCUAAUUAGCUAACAUUUCAUACAACUUUGGAGCAUCAGCUGUGAAGUAUCAUCAGGGUGUCAAGCAAGUGAAGUAUAAUCUAUCCAUAGAUUCCUAGAAUAAUUUUAAGAAUAUCAAAAAAUCUACAAGUACUACAAAGCUGACGUCAGACACAACUCAAAAUUAAAUUUGA